CAUUUAUGUUAGGUAGAUCUGCAGUUGAUGGAUACGACGUGCGUCCCAGCCAUUUGGGCGAGACUUUUCCCCACUGAGCUGAGCUGAGCGAAUUGCUGUCGCUUUGGCAUUUCGCUAACGUCGAAGGGGUAAUACAACGAGGGGUUCCCGCGUGCGGAUGGGAUGUUUGAUCCUGGUCUAAGUAAGCGGGCUUUUAAGUAAUGUAACUAUAAUAUAUCGACGGAGAAAGAAAGUAUUUAUAUCAGUAAGAACGUCUUAUUGUUAUGGAUCGAUCUUCUCCAUCCUCUUGACCGAUACCCUUUAUCGCAAUUGGGAAGUCAACUUCACCCGGCUGGGGUGGAAAGAGGUUGAGGAUAUAGAAAUAUCCUGGAAUAUUGCUGGAAUGCUUGCUUCUUAGAGGCUCUAUAACCUGUAUGGUUCUAUACGGCUAUGAUGCUUCUAGCUUCAACUUGGCGCAGGCUUCGGAUAAUUGAUUCGAGUUCGAGAACGAAGCCUUGAUCAACUCAUAAUGUCGGUCAGCAGCUCUCGAGCCAUGGCGCGCUGAACUCGUACUAUAGCGCGAUUUAUAAAACGAGUUGGUCGUCUUCCCCGAUUAACAAUAUGAUUAACGCUUUGAACGCGACGCGCGGAAUUUUGUUCACGCUCGCCGUGUGUAAUGCCGAUAGAUUCGGUCGACGACGGUUGUUCAUUAUCGGCGCUGUCGGAGUAGGGACAUGCAUGCUGAUUAUUCCAGUAAUUGGCAUAGCGACGCCCAAUGUCACCGGAGCUAAGGCUACGACGAAGACAAAACCCGUCGGUACUGGUAUCGUAACCUUCCUGUUUAUCGCCGUAUCUCCUAUAAGCGGUCUUGGAGUGCGGCGACCUGGAUCUGGACGUCGGAAGUAUUCAUUCUUCCCCAUAUUCCUUGUCAAUGAGGACCCGAAACGGUAAAGGUGCCUCUUAAGGGAAUUGACACAUCAUUUGUUGGCCAAGAUCGUGCAGAGAAGAGUGGACCGAUGCUGAAUGCCACAGACGCACGCAAUGCGAAUCUAAGGAGCAACUUAGAGACGCAGCAGAGCGAUAUCACAACGGAGAUAGG